AUGCUAGAAACAAUUGCGCAUUACCUCAUUAUGGGCAAUGAGAUGCAGGGAAGGUCUCUUGUUGCCAAUCUGUCGGCUGCAAAUUGCUAUAAAUCUGAACAUUUAAAGAGACCAGAAAAUUGGGCACUUGUUGAGAAGGCGAAGUACUACUACAUUGCUGGAUUCUUUCUCACUGUUUCCCCUGACUCCAUUCAGCUUGUUGCUGAGCAUGCAGCAGCAAACAACAAGGUCUUCAUGAUGAACCUUUCUGCUCCAUUUAUUUGUGAGUUCUUUAAAGAUGCUCAAGAGAAACUUUUGCCGUAUGUGGACUUUGUUUUCGGAAACGAGACAGAAGCAAGAACCUUCUCAAAAGUUCAUGGUUGGGAGACUGAGAAUGUUGAGGAAAUAGCUAUAAAAAUUUCCCAGUGGCCAAAGGCAUCGGGCACACACAAGAGGAUUACUGUUAUCACGCAGGGUGCAGAUCCAACAGUUGUUGCAGAGGAUGGGAAGGUGAAAUUGUUCCCUGUAAUAAAGCUACCUAAAGAAAAACUUGUUGAUACCAAUGGUGCAGGGGAUGCAUUUGUUGGGGGGUUUCUCUCUCAAUUGGUUCAAGGAAAACCCAUUGACGACUGUGUAAAAGCUGGUUGUUAUGCAGCAAAUGUGAUCAUCCAAAGGUCUGGUUGCACAUACCCUGAGAAGCCUGAUUUUAAAUAA